AUUAUACCGUAAAAAUGGGGAGCAAGGAAUAAUUGAUUACGUGGUUUCAUACAUGAGUGGAGUCGACGCGUAUUUUUUGCGAUUUGAAAAUCCAUCAGUUAAAAUAAUUCUAGCAGGAAUAGUCAUAGCUACACACCCAGACGCAAUUAGAUGUCUGAAACCAUUGAAGUUAUCUGAUGACGCGGGUCUAAAAGUAAUAGAAUUUUUAGCUACUCCAAUUUCCGGACUACUUGGUGUUGUUCCACUUGAUAGUUUACAUGCCCAACGAGUAUUGAUAAAAAUGAACAGAUUUUUAUUUCAUAAUAAAAAUAUUAUUGAUAAGAACGGAUAUGAUUUUCAUUUAAUCUUGACCUCUCAACGGUUGCAUACUGGAAGAGCGCCUAACUUACACAAAUGGAUCGGUUACACAUAUUACGGAUCGGUUUGUCCAGAACAUGACAAGCGAUCACGUCUUAUGCCACUUGGAGCAAUUGUUGAUGAACGCCAGGACACUUAUCAAACUAUAGGCGCCCACGAAAUUGCUCAUAUGCUCGAAAUCGAUCAUGAUGUUUCUUUAACAUGUCGAGACGGGUAUAUCAUGAGUAAAUACAUAAUUACUUAUUCAAACUCAUACGAUUGGUCAGAAUGUUCAAAGACGGAAUUGCAGAAAACUUUUGAGUCUGAAAAGUUUUCGUGUUUACGCAAAUGGCCUCAAUUUUCAAUCAAUUGAAACAAUCCAGUAAGAAUUAGUCAAGAUCGACAGUGAAAAAAAUAUAUAUAAAUGUUAUUAUAUAUAUUCAUCUUUUUUUUGAUCAUAC